AUGGUUUGCCUCAAGCAAGUUGCGGCACUAGCCGCCGCAUCCUACGCAGCGGGAACGUACGCCAGCGCCAUCCCCGACCUCAUCGGCGGCGGCGGUGCCCCUCAGCCCUCGAUCCCCGCCAACCGUGAACGAAGCAACGGUAUCAGCAAGCGACAGACGGCCGGCGGCUUCAUCGACAUGGACGCCGGCCCCAUCACCAGCGACUGCGGCGUGGCGGCAACGUUCAGCUUAAACACGCUCGGCCAGCUUGUCGUCGGCGACUCUGUCAUCUCCAUGAACCCGGGGACGACCUUCAUCCCCCUCCGACCCAUCAGCCCGCCGGGGAGCAUCACCGUCACCUUUGCCCUCAACAAUGGUGCGUUGACCUGGUCGAACGCGAAUUUCUUUGGCGGCCAGGCUGGGUUCUGCCAGGAUACCGCGGGUCAGGUGUAUGCUACGUUUGCCGACCCGGCCGUGUCGUACCCGGCGAACUGUGCUCCCGUUCAACUCGGCCCCGUCGUUGCAUCCACCUGCGGAAACACCGGCGGCCUCUCCACCACCUCGGCGCCUCCGUCCGGCUCCGUCACCACCGUCGGCAGCACCAUUGUCAGCACCGGCCCUGGCGGCAGUCUGACCACCACGGUCAACAGCUUCGCCACGACCCUCGCCCCGCCGUUCACGGCGCCGACGACGUCGGCCGUGGCCAACGGCACGCUCACGCUCCCUCCCGGCCUGUACACCGUAGCCGGCUUCGCUACCCCGGCGGGCGCCGUCUGCUCCAUUGUAUCUGAGUCGUGGAUCGUUGGGCAGACGACGUUGCUUUCCCCGCUUGCUACCCGUGCGGUCUAG